UACAACUGCAUACGUUUUGCGUUUAGUGCAACCGUGGUAUGGUAGUGGACGAACUGUAGUUGGUGAUAGUUGGUUUGGGUUCCCGAAGCUUUGUAUAGCAUUAAUGCAGAAUGGAUUAUAUAGUAUCUUUCAUGUUAAAAAAAGGCGAGGGUGGCCUCUUAAUUAUCCCGGUGAUAUGGUUCAAAGGCUUGGAAGCACAUACGGAUCUUAUGUUUCAAAAGUCGCAAAUAUUGAUAAUGUAUAUUUAAUGGCGGCUUCCUUGAAAGAUCGAAAACCACAAUGUAUUGUUGCAACUGUAUCGACUACAACAAAGAGUGAUGAGGUUAAACGUGUAGUUAAGGAAUGUACUAACUCUUCGGUGGUUAAAUUUACAAGACCAAAAGUCUUUUAUGAAUAUUCUUGUUCUAAAGGUGCUGUCGAUAUUAAUAAUCAGGUGCGUGACAAUAUGACAUCUUUUCAUGAUGUUAUGCGUGAAUCUAGCUGGGAGAUGCGUGUAUAUGCUUUUUUAUUAGGAGUUGCUGAGGCAAAUGCUUUUUUGAUCUAUAAAAAAUGGGGUAGUGAGAUGCAUAAUAUAUCACAUUUUGAUUUUAGACGAUUAUUAGCAGACGAGAUGCUUAGUGAGAUUUUUUCUGAUAGUGAAGUUGUAUUACCAAAUACAUGA